AAUUCAAUUCAAUUCAAUUAUCUCUGCACAACGAAUCAUUUGUUAGCACCAGAUGCAUUUAUACGAUUAAGAUAUAAUCCCAGUAAUCCUUCCCGUAAAAGAAAACGGAAUAUCGGUACCUAAACUACCUAGAGGUUUAGGCGCUUUCAGAUUUCACCUCCAAAAUUUUUGAACCCCUCUGUACUUCCACGCUGAAAAACAAACAAACCAGAACUGUUCAAGUGCGAAGCCUCUGCUAUUGCUAAGCACAGACAGUCAGAAAAUAAGCGUUAGAAGUACAGGAAAGGGGUUUCUUAUUAUGGAUUUGCUUGGAGAAGCUACAACGCCAUUGAAAUCUCACAAGUUCAAGUCACUGAAGCUCCUGAACGUUGAGCCGGACGAGGCGUUUCCGCAAGAUCCCUUUGGAGUUCACUACGGCGUUCUGGAAAACGGGCUGCACUAUUACGUGAGGAAGAAUGCUAAGCCCCGCAUGCGUGCUGCCCUUGCCCUUGGCGUAAAGGUCGGCUCAGUUUUGGAGGAGGAGGAUGAGCGGGGUGUUGCUCACAUUGUUGAACAUCUUGCAUUUAGUGCAACUAAAAAAUAUACAAAUCAUGACAUGGUCAAGUUCUUGGAGAGUAUUGGAGCAGAGUUUGGUCCUUGCCAAAAUGCUUCAACAUCCUCUGAUGAGACAAUUUAUGAGUUGCUUGUCCCUGUUGAUAAGCCCCAGCUUCUGUCUCAGGCAAUAUCUGUCUUAGCAGAAUUCAGCACGGAGAUUCGUAUCUCAAAUGAGGAUCUGGAGAAAGAGAGAGGAGCUGUUUUGGAGGAAUACAGGGAAGGAAGGAAUGCCAUGGGACGGAUGCAGGAUGCUCACUGGCUCUUAAUGAUGGAAGGUUCAAAGUAUGCUGAUCGCCAGCCGAUUGGACUGGAGAGAGUGAUCAGAACUGUCUCUGCUGAAACAGUUAAAGGUUUCUAUCGUCGCUGGUAUCACCUAAAGAACAUGGCUGUUGUUGCAGUUGGGGAUUUUCCUGAUACACAGGGUGUUGUUGACCUGAUCAAACUUCAUUUUGAGCAUAAGCAAUGUCUACCUGGACCCCCUCCUACUAUUCCUGUUUCUAAUGUGCCCUCACAUGAGGAGCCUCGAUUUUCUUGUUUUGCAGAAGCUGAAGCAGGAGGUUCAGCAGUGAUGGUGAGCUGUAAGAUUCCUUUUUCUGAGAUGAAAACCGUAGGAGAUUAUCGAGAAUGGCUUGCAGAAAGCCUGUUCCACAGUGCGUUGAAUCAAAGAUUUUUCAAAAUUUCUCGCCAACGAGAUCCACCAUUCUUCUCCUGUUCAUCAUCAGCUGAUGUUUGGGUUCACCCUGUAAAGGCUUAUGUCAUAUCGGCUAGUUGCAAAGAAAGAGGAACCAUUGAAGCUCUUGAAUCUAUUUUAAUGGAGGUAGCACGAAUUCGUGUUCAUGGAUUUUCAGAACGUGAAAUUGCAAUAGCUCGUGCUUUCAUGAUGGCAGAUAUUGAAUCUGCAUACCUUGAACGUGAUCAGAAUCAAUCUACAAGCCUGCGAGAUGAGUGUCUCCAACAUUUUUUUCGUGGAGAACCUGUCGUGGGGAUUGACUAUGAGGCACAGCUACAAAAAACUCUUCUACCCCAUAUUUCAGUAGCAGAGGUGUCAAAAUUUGCAAAUUUUUUUCGAACAACUUGUAGCUGUGUGAUUAAGACUGUUGAACCCUUGGCAUGUGCUACAAUAGAUGAAGUGAGGGCCACUGUCUCAAAAGUUGAAGAUAAUGAAAGCAAUGGAUACAUUUCACUAUGGGAUGAAGAACACAUUCCUGAUGAAAUUGUGACAAGGAAGCCAGAUCCUGGGAACAUUGCUUCGGAAACAGAUUUUCCAGAAUUUGGGGCUACGGAAUUGGUGCUUAGUAAUGGAAUGAGGAUAUGUUAUAGGUGCACGGAUUUUCUUGAUGACCAGGUUCUCUUCAGUGCAUUUACAUAUGGUGGACUAUCUGAAUUACCAGAAGGUGACUAUCUGUCAUGUUCCAUGGGUACAACAAUUGCUGGAGAAAUUGGUAUGUUUGGAUAUAAGCCAUCUGUUCUCAUGGACAUGCUUGCUGGGAAGAGAGCCGAGGUUGGCACAAAAGUUGGGGCUUAUAUGAGAACAUUUUCUGGUGAUUGUUCACCUUCUGAUCUGGAGACAGCUUUGCAGCUUGUAUAUCAGUUAUUUGUGACAUCUGUUGUUCCGGGAGAUGAAGAAGUUAAUCUAGUAAUGGAAAUGACAAAAGAAGGAAUAAGAGCACAGGAAAGAGAUCCCUUCACUAAAUUUGCUAAUCGUGUACGAGAGCUUAACUAUGGGAACUCUUACUUCUUCAAGCCUGUCAAAGUCAAGGAUCUCCAGAAAGUGGACGCAAAAAGAUCUUGCCAGUACUUUGAUAGCUGCUUCAAGGACCCUUCUACAUUUACAGUGGUUAUUAUAGGAAAAAUUGACCCUGCUGUAUUCCUGCCACUUAUUUUGCAAUACCUUGGUGGCAUACCAAGGCCUUCAAAGCCAGUAAUGCACUUUAACCGUGAUGAGUUGAAAGCCUUGCCCUUUAAGUUCCCUAGUAGGACUGUCAGAGAAGUUGUGCGCAGCCAAAUGCAAGAAGCACAAUGUUCUGUUCAAAUUACAUUCCCUGUUGAACUUAAGGCUCUUCACGUGAUGGAGGAAAUUCAUUUUGUUGGUUUCACAACCAAGUUAUUGGAAACAAAAAUCAUGCAGGCUCUCCGUUUCAAGCAUGGGCAGGUGUAUAGUGUCAGUGUUUCUUCCUUUCUUGGAGGUAAUAAACCUUCAAGGAUGGGUAAUGUGCGUGGUGAUAUUGCAGUUAACUUCUCUUGUGACCCAGAUAGCUCUGUUAAGCUGGUUGAUAUAUCUUUAGAUGUAAUAUCGCAUCUGCAAGAAGAAGGGCCUUCUGAUGAGGAUGUUUUAACUGUUCUUGAAAUUGAGCAAAGGGUACAUGAGAAUGGAUUACAGGAAAAUGGAUACUGGUUAGAUCGGAUGCUGCGUGGUUAUCAGUCUCGUUUCUAUGAGGGUGAUCUAAGUACAUGUCUUAAGGCUCAGGAUGAAUGGCGCAACACAGUCAGGUCAUCUUUAACACGGUCAACAACACAACAAGCUUUACAAAGGAUAUUACCAUCACCAUGCACAAAACAAUAUACAGUAGUUGUACUAAUGCCCAAGUUGCCUAUGUUGCAAAGAUUGAAGUCUUCCCUUUUCACAUCGAAGGAUAGGUCAAGCAUAGAAGUAAAGGUUUUAAUAGGUGUAGGUGCUGCGCUAGUGUUGGCCACAGUUUUUUGGCAAUAUUCAAGGAGGACAAAAAAUAUAGCAUGACAUUUUGGUUCAAGGUAUUCUUCAAUAUCCAUAUUUGCUUGGCUGGACCAGCAGGCCAUGGUGUUACCUGUGAUCACCAAAGUUGACUAGUCAUGUUGAUAAAGAUAUCAUGUUUGGAAUUUUUUGUAGCCUUUACUUAUUUUAGUGGGGCAUCGACUGGAUAUGUGACUAAGUUGGCAUCUCCUGAGAUGGAAUGUUGAGUGUACCAUUUUAGUGCCAGUAAAUGUAUGAAGCCUACCAUCUGCAUUGUGCAUAAAGAUGUAUCUUCAAGAAAGGUUAAAGAGUACAAAAUACAAUCAUAUCGUGUGUUGAAUAUGAAAUUAUUUGGGGCAAUUAAGUCUUUACAGGUGCAGGAAGAUUCACGGGAAUGGAUUUGGUUAGACCAUUAGUCUAUUAUUAGUUUAUUAUUUCACAUUCUUUUGUUUUCUAAGCCCAAACUGAAAUGUAGAUGAGAAUCGAUAUUAUAUCUCAAGCAGCAUAUCAAAAAGGCAUGUGCCAUUUAUUUGAUGUCA